AUGUCGGCAUCCCACUCUCACCCCCGCCGCCGUCCUCAAAAGGCAUCAUCCCCAACCAUCUCGACCCAUGGAAUGUCAUUGCGAAAGAGCGGUACUUUCCAUUCACCAAAGUCGAUUGCGUCAGAUGUAUGUGACUUGGACAACCAACACUACAUGCCGCGUCGCUCGCCAACAUCCCCGGAAAGCUUGGAGCAACUGCUUGAAGACUCCAGUGUACGUCGGGUCCAAAACUUACUCGACGACUUCGACAAGAGGGUUGCUGGCCACAAGUCGUCGUCGACUGGCUCGAGCAUCCUAUCUGACCCGGAGGUCCUGCCGGUUCCCGGCCUGUUCCUAACAAGCACGAGCCUGGAGGCCACCCACAUGGAUGUUGACCCUAAACCGAAGACCCAACAAGCUUCGCAUGAACACGCAUCCGACAGUGGUCUUGGUACCAGUGUCGAUUCAAAAGACGGUAAGGCUCGGCUGCACGAUCCCGCCUUGCAGGGUCCGCCUUCUGACAUACAUAAAGGACAAUCAACUGCUCGCGAGUCCAUCAGCACUUCUGUUUCCUCUUCACACGCUGCCAUCACGCGUUCCUUCAGUGCACUUGGAGGCUCGGAGGAGAAGCACACUUUGAGUGACUAUGCCUCGGAGCAGAUUCGCCAGUAUAUUGUAGAACCAAUCCUCGCUGAGGAGGCUCUGAAGGACUUUCAUCCCUUGAUCACCGACGUUCCUCGUCGGAUUGGUGAGAAGAACAUUUGUAACCUCCGCGACCUCGAAAAGACUUUGAUCUUCCUGGCACCGGUAAGUGGCAUUCGAUAUCUAUCUGAGAGUGCAGAAGCUUAUUGCAUUCUUCGUGGUUUUAAGGAGCUCUCGGCAACUCCGACAUCGUAUCUUGAAUUCUGCGAGCGAUCAAUUCAACUCUUGCAUGCGACCGUCGACCGACUCUCUGAACAAGACCAACGACUUCCUUCCGACCGCCCUUACACUAACAACUACUUUCUCGAUUUGGUUGAACAGAUCCGAAGAUACGCAGCAAUCAUGGCCGCCACCCGCCGCAAAGAAGAGAGUGGAGAAGAACUCGACGAAAUGGACUACUCUCGUGAUGAGAAGGUUACCCUACGGGGUGGGCUGAGCCAUGAUGGCCGCCCUGUUGAGCUGGUCCGGGAGAAGAACGGCAUGACCAUUCCUCUUGCUGAAGGCGCCGACAGUGUUGCUACCGGAUUCGCCAGCAAGCGAGCCUUGUCGGAUGAUGAGAUGGACGUCGAUGAGGUGACGCGAUCCAUGGCUCGUCGACGAAAGUCUGACAAGGCUGGUGACAUCAUGCACGUCUGCCGUGACUGCAAGAAGGAGUUCAAGCGCCCUUGCGAUCUCACCAAGCACGAGAAGACGCACUCUCGUCCCUGGAAGUGCACUGAAGAGAAGUGCAAGUACUUCGAUCUUGGAUGGCCGACCGAGAAAGAACGUGACCGUCACGUCAACGACAAGCACUCCAAUGCUCCUGCGCAGUACAAGUGCUUGUACCCACCUUGCACAUAUGCAUCCAAGCGUGAGUCCAAUUGCAAGCAGCAUAUGGAGAAAGCACACGGUUGGGAAUACGUCCGAUCCAAGAGCAAUGGCCGAAAGAAGCCCCAUACAAGUGAACGGUCUCCACCAACUCCUCUGACGCCAUUCCUGGGUACUCCUCAAUCAGCAACUCUGUCUACACCGAUGACACCCUUUGCGCCUUCUCCGUCUGUCCCGUUGAUCGAUAACUUCGACUUCAACAAUCCUUAUGGAUUUGGCACUCCUGCCCUUGGUGUCAACGGCUUCCAGCCAGACUUCCGCCGGGACUCCGUUACAACCAACGGAUCGGCGCUUACCUAUUCAUCCGGCCAUUCUCCCACCGAACCGACUUCUUUCGAGGAUGCAGUGACUCCUGAAGAUACCGCUAUCAACCACAAUGAUAUCUACAACAACUGUGCGCUUAAUAUCAACACAAACUUCACUGGUGUCUUCCAACAGCCUACUCCUGCAAUGAGCACUGGCUUUGAUUUCGAGCCAUUGCAGUUCCCAAUUACAACUGGGGCGAACAAUGUUCCUCACCUAUCUCCAAGCGGACAGGCUGACAUGACCCUGUUCUCACCUCAGAUGCACCUCGAUGAGGGUUUUGGCGAAGGCAUGGACACUUUCACUGCUCCGACCGGUGACUUCGAGCUGUUUGGCGAUGCUGCUCCAUCUACAAUGGGGCUUGGUGGCACCUCUGGCUUCUUCCCUGACAUGAACAACUUUGGUGGCCAAUUCGACAACAUGUAUGUCGAGCCAACAACCACGUUGGACGACUUGAUGGGAAACUACGGUAACCAGCAGUAG